AAAAAAAGGACCUGUGCGCUGCGGUUUUUUUCCCCCCCAAGUCAAGUGGAGCCCAUACACACACGCACACACACACACACUGCCGCAUUCAGUUUCACUCAGGUCCGUGGAGCUUAAUGAGACGAGGAAGACCUGAUUCCACAGCACUAACCCACGCUGGAGACAUGAGUGGAGUCACAGAUUGGGUGGAUGAUGGCGACCUGGCUCCAGAGGAUGCGCGGUCUUCGGCCGUCUGGACAGAGGAGCGCUGCGAGGAGCUGUGGGAUCGUGUGGAAGGAGUGCGACACAAGCUCACGCGCAUCCUACACCCGGCCAAACUCACACCAUACCUGCGGCAGUGCAAGGUCAUCGACGAACAGGAUGAAGACGAGGUGCUCAACUCCACACAGUACCCGCUGCGCAUCAGCAAGGCUGGCCGUCUGCUGGACAUUCUUCGUGGUCAGGGCCAGCGAGGUCUUCAGGCCUUCAUGGAAUCACUGGAGUUUUACCACCCAGAGCAGUACACACAGCUGACCGGAGAGCAGCCCACACAUCGAUGCUCCCUCAUCCUGGAUGAAGAAGGUCCAGAGGGUUUGACCCAGUUUCUGCUUCUGGAGGUACGCAAACUGAGGGAGCAGCUGCGGAGCAGCCGCAUGUGUGAGCGGCGCAUGUCUCAGCGAUGCCGGAUGGCAGAGGAGGAGCGCAGCCGCGCUGAACGUAAAGCUCAGGAGUUACGUCAUGAUAGACUGCAGCUUGAGAGGCUGCGUCAGGACUGGGAGUCGGCCAGUCGUGAGCUGGGAAAGCUGAAGGACAGACACCUGGAGCAGGCUGUGAAAUAUUCCAGGUCCUUAGAGGAGCAAGGCAAGGCCUCCACCCGGGAGAGAGAACUGCUGAGGCAGGUGGAGGAGCUAAAGUCCAGGAUGAUGGAGGCAGAGAAACAAACUGUUGAUGUUCUCGAGAACACUACGCCAGUCAAAAGAAACAGUUUGUUCUCUCAUGAAGUGAAUGGCUCUCCAUCGGCUUUACCAGAGAAGCCACUGCACCAGCCCGAGCCCGAGAUGAAGGAAUCAGUUCCUGCCCCUGGAGUCAUUGCUUUGAUGGAUAUCCUGCAGCAGGACCGCAGGGAGGCUUCAGAGCAGAGACAGGAGCUCUGUGACAUCAUCGCCGGACUGCAGGGAGAGCUCCAGAGCUCUGAGGAGCACAGGGACAAGCUGGAGUCGCAGAGCAAGCAGAUGCAGCUGAAGUUAAGGACUCUCCACCUGGACUGGGAGACGGAGCAGAAGAGGAGCAUGUCCUAUUUCAACCAGAUCAUGGAACUGGAAAAGGAGAGAGACCAGGCUUUGCGUAGUCGAGACAGUCUGCAGCUGGAGUACACAGACUGUCUGCUGGAUAAGAACCGUCUCCGUAAACGCAUUGCAGAGCUGCAGGCCUACCUGGAGCAGCAGCAGAGAGAGCUGGAGAGAGAGAGGGAGAGGAAUCAGGAGCAAAGGGAGCAGAACAACCAUUGUCUGCACUGUUCGCACCUGUCUCUGUGCAGUGAGGACCAGUGCUAUGGCCCCUGCUGUUCGCUUGACCUGGACCUGAGCCCCAAAGUCAAUAGCACCCGCCAACUGUUGAGAAAGGUGCCAUCUAGAGGACAAAACCAUGAAAACUCCGAGGAUUCUAAUUCAGAGGAGAAUCUCCUGCCAUCAACGGAAGACAAUGAAAAAGAAAUAAAUCGACUCUCCACAUUUCCCUUCCCUCCUUGUAUGAACUCCAUCAAUCGACGGGUCAACACAGAGUUUGACUUGGACUCCUGGGGCAGCGAUGAGAACGAUAAUGUGACAGGUGUGCAGACUGAGCCGUCAUUGUGGGACUCCUGGAACUCCCUACACUCUCAUCUUUUCCCCCCUGACCUGGUCAACCUGCCCUCAGUCUCUUCACACCAGCCCAGUCCAAGCUCUCUCAGAAUACUUCCCCGGUCCCCAUCCGCAAGUCCCCCCACCUCACCCAAGCAUGGAAGAGUCAGUCUAGCUGACGAUAUCACGAUAGUUGGAGGAAACCGUACAGGAAUCUUUGUGAGCCAUGUGAAAUCUGGUUCUCUGGCUGAACAGUGUGGACUGAAAGAGGGCAGUGAGCUACUGGAGCUGGAGCGGGUUCUGUUUGGUGGGGGCAGUGUCCUGCUGAGCCAGUGUACUGCAGAGGUAGCUCACUUCUCUCUGCAAUGGUGGACAGAGCCGCAAACGCUCAAACACAGGAGCAACCCAGAGGCGUACUCCAAGCUGUGCAGUGAGCUUGUGUCACCUCCGUGCAUGGGCGCUGACUCUUUCUAUGUGCGUGUCAAUCUUAACAUGGAGCCACGCGGUGACCCGCCGUCUCUGAGUGUGUCCUGCGAUGACAUUAUCCAUGUUACAGACACGAGGUACAAUGGGAAAUACCAUUGGCGCUGUUCACUUGUGGACCCGCACACAGCCAAGCCCCUGCAGGCAGGAAACAUGCCCAACUAUAACAGGGCACAGCAGCUGCUACUUGUAAGGCUAAGAAAAAUGGCGCUGGAGCAAAAUGAUUUCAAAAAGAAGGUGUUCUUGAGAAAAGCACCGGGGCGUGUGCGGUUGGUCAAAGCAGUGGACCCCAACUGCCGAGGGAUUGGCUCCACUCAGCAAGUCUUCUAUACACUCAGUAAACGUCAUGAGGAGCACCUGAUCCCGUACAGCUUAGUGCAGCCAGUGCAGGUUCAGCCUAAGCGGCCAGUCAUCUUCUCCCCCUCGCUUCUCUCCCGUGGUCUCAUAGAGAGGCUACUGCAGCCUGCAGAGUCUGGCUUGAGCUUCAACACCUGUGCACCAGAGCCUGUUCAGGCUUCAGAGAGACGGGACAAGAGCGUGUUCUUAUUGGAAUCCUGCAGUCCAGAGCAAAGUCUGGGCAUUCGGCUGAAGUCAAUUCAGGAUGUCAUCAGCCAGGACAAGCACUGUCUGCUGGAGCUAGGACUAACCUGUGUUGAGGGCUUAAUAAGACAGGGGAUUUACCCUAUUGUCAUUCAUAUCCGUCCUAAGAACAAAAAACACAAGAAGCUGAGGAAGUUUUUUCCUCGGUGUGGGGACGACAACGUCAUGGAAGUGUGCCAGGCCGAGGAGUUGCAGCUGGAGACUCUGCCCCUUCUCUACUACACACUGGAGCCCAACACCUGGAGCUGUACUGAUGAACUGCUGGCAGCCAUACGCAGUGCCAUCUAUAGUCAGCAGAGGGCAGUAGCAUGGGUUGAACUGGAUAGGUUGCAAUAGAGGAGUGGGGAAUAAAAACUGUGCAUUCAAAGUGCAAACUAGAUGAUUUGGGCUUUGAAUAAAUAAUCAGUCAAGUAUCUGCAGAGGAUUAACUUCUGUAGAUUAACAUAUUUUUAAGUGAGAUCAGCUAUGGACUGACACAGGAUCUGAAAGAUUAUGCAGAAUUUUCAUUUAUGUAGCCAAGCUGGACUGGCUACAAUGGUCAAAUGGUGAACAGCAUAAAAUAUAAACAGCUUUCUGUAGUGAGUUGAUUUUAAUCAGUGUUUUUCACAUCUAGGCAGUUUAAUAUCUUUAUACACAGUCUGUGCUUAGUACAUAUGAAGUACUUACAUAUAGUCGACAUGCACUUUCAAAAUUCAUACUUAAAGAUUCAUACUAGGUGCCUUUUAUUAAGGUAUUGUGUCACUGGAGAAGAUAUAUUUGACAGGACAGUAUCUAAGACAUUAAACAAUAAUAUAGAUACUAUUACAUUUAUAUCAGGCUGCUGAAACUGUUGAAACAUGAACACAUUUUUCAUAAUAUUAAAAAAAUUGUUGAUG